AUGAUGGACACGCUCGGCUCCGUCCUUCCGCUGCUGCUGCUGCUGCUGCUGCCGCCGCCGCCGCUGCCGCAGGUGCUCGCCGCCGCCCCGCGUAUCCAGCCGCCCUCCGCGGGGGCCGCCGCCGAGGCGCGGAUCGGCUGCCUGUUUGAGGAUGACCUUUGCAAGUCUUUUGAAGUCUGUGUAAAUGAUGGAAUAUUUGGGAGAUGUCAGCAAGUGCCAGUAAUAGACAUCUAUAAAUAUGACAUUUCAGCCCCUGUUCUGCAGCACCUGAGGAUCAUCCUGGAGCAGCUCUCACACAGAGGUUUUACCUGGCGAGACGAUUACACACAGCAUGUUAUUGGUCAGGAACUCUCAACCAUUCACAAAAUCCACAGCAGACGCCCUGAUGUAUUUGCAUCUGAAGGAUCUGACACAGGAAGGACUUUGGGACAAAAUGGAGAUAAUGAAAGAAAUUAUGAUGUGGAAAAUAAUGUGAACUUGGCCAAGUCUCUUCAGCAAUACCUUAAAUAUCUCAGAAUUCUCUCCCAGUCUGCAUCUAAAAAUUUGUAUCCAAGGAAGACAAGUGACAAAGCUUCUGUCAAGAGCUACAUCUACAAUGACCCCACGAGGUACUACACGAGGCAGAACCCCAAAGAGCCAUCACCUUUGGCCCAUGCAUCCAAAUGGCAGCAGGAAUUCCCCGAGGAUCCCCGUGGCAGGACGCUCCGCCAGCGCCAGCCGGACAAGCUCCCGCUGGAGCCGGGAACGGCCCAGAAGAGCCUGAUGGCCGCGCUGCACUCCUACAUCACCCAGAACCUGUCUGCACACAGCAGUGAGAGCAGCCCUCCCAGCAGGACUAAAGGCUCUCAGGUUUACGCUGAGAGAUUGUACUCUACGCAGGUCAGUCCUUUUGAUGGAACUUUUGCCAAAGGAAGAGCGGAAGAUUUCAAAAUGCGGAAGCUGUUGCAGCCGAGGCCUGGGCCUGGAGUGCUGAGGCCAACCCCUGAGAUGCUGAGUCAUAAAUCUGCUUCCCAGCAUGAUCCAAAGGACCCUCUGAGCAUUGUGGAUGGUAAAGUUGAUACACUGAUUAAAAAUGUAUUGAAGGACCUAGAGAAACACCAAGUGAAUGUGGAGAAUCUCAGCUCAACAGAACUGGAUGAAAUCGCUGAUACUAUCGCCACUGCAAUCCAAAGUGUUGACAUUCAGGAAGAAACAGAAAAAAAUGCUGGAAAAAGUAAAGAAGACAAAACAGAAGCACAAGUGAAGAAAGGAGAUGCUCAAGGAAGGGCAGAGCUUCAGACUGGAUUAAUGGAAAACAGUGUUAAUAUACCAGACAAUGGAGUGCACGAGGCCAGUGUGAGAAGCGAUAAAGAGGAGAACACUGCAAAGCUGAUUAGAUUCUUGAAUGAGAAUGCAUUAGCUGAAAAGAUACAUGAAGAUGUUAUUCCUGAAGAACAAACAAAGGCAGAAACUAAGAAAUCUGAAGAAACUGACCCGUCUUCCUCAGAAGAAACAAAUGCUGGUGUGGAAAAUGUAAAAAGUGAGACUUUCUCAAGGGAGCUGACACCUGCAAAGAACAGUGAAUCUGACUCCAAAGACCUGAGCCAGACCAGCUACUGGAUUAAGAAUGCUUUAAUGCAGGAAGGAAACUCCUAUGAAAAGCCUCAGAAAAACACAGGACAAGGCUUACAGUUUGAAGUGAAACCUUCUCAGGAGGAAGAAUAUGGCUAUAUUGUGACAGUGAAAGACCCCCUGAGUGUGGAAAAGGGCUUGGAGUUAAUAAAGGAAGUGGCAGAUCUCCUGAAGCUGCAGAUGAGUGUCUUCGAUGAUGUCAAUGUCCUGGGACCAGCUGUGACCUUCCGAGUGCACUCAAACCUCCAAAAUAUUUCAACUGCAGAUGUUGCCAAAGAAGCAGCCAUAAACAAAGAGAAGCUUGAAAAAACAACUGGACUGAAAAUUCUGCAGACUGGUGUGGGGGAGAAAAGCAACGUCCCGCCGCUCGCGCAGCGCGGGGAAGAGGCGCAGUCCGCGAAAUUCUUCCUCCUCACCCUCCUCUCCCUCGCCUGCAUCGCCGGGGUCCUGGCGGCGUCGGGGGUCGCCUACUGCCUCCGCCACCGCGCCCACCACCGCCUGAAGGAGAAGCUCUCGGCCCUGGGGGCUGACGCCGGCUCCGAUGCGCCCGCUGCUUACCAGGAGCUAUGCCGGCAGCGCAUGGCAGUGAAGAGCUCUGACCGCCCGGAGCCCCUGCACUCCUCCCGCAUCAACAGCGUUUCCUCCCAGUUCAGCGAUGGGCCCAUCCCCAGCCCCUCGGCCCGGAGCAGCACCUCGUCCUGGUGUGAGGAGCCGGUCCAGUCCAACAUGGACAUCUCCACCGGUCACAUGAUCCUGUCCUACAUGGAAGAUCACCUGAAGAACAAGAACCGUCUGGAGAAGGAGUGGGAAGCUCUGUGUGCAUACCAGGCUGAGCCCAAUGACAGCAGCGUGGCACAGCAGGAGGAGAAUGUCCAGAAGAACCGCUCCCGGGCCGUGGUGCCAUAUGACCAUUCCAGGAUAUGUCUCAAAGGUGAAAGCAGCCAUGACACGUCAGACUACAUCAACGCCAGUCCCAUUAUGGACCAUGACCCCCGAAACCCUGCAUAUAUUGCCACCCAGGGACCUCUCCCUGCUACUGUUGCUGACUUCUGGCAGAUGGUCUGGGAGAACGGCUGUGUCGUUAUUGUCAUGCUGACACCCCUCGUGGAAAACGGAGUCAAGCAGUGCUACCACUAUUGGCCGGACGAAGGGUCAAACCUCUACCACAUCUACGAGGUAAAUCUUGUCUCUGAGCACAUCUGGUGCGAGGAUUUCCUCGUGAGGAGCUUCUACCUGAAGAACCUGCAGACCAACGAGACCCGCACAGUGACCCAGUUCCACUUCCUCAGCUGGAACGAUCAGAGGGCUCCUGCUUCCACCAGAUCCCUCCUGGAUUUCCGCAGAAAAGUAAACAAGUGCUACAGGGGUCGCUCUUGUCCAGUAGUUGUUCAUUGCAGCGAUGGUGCGGGAAGAAGUGGAACCUACAUUCUAAUUGACAUGGUUCUCAAUAAAAUGGCCAAAGGUGCUAAAGAGAUUGAUAUUGCUGCUACCCUGGAGCACUUGAGGGACCAGAGACCAGGCAUGGUCCAGACAAAGGAGCAGUUUGAGUUUGCUUUGACAGCGGUGGCAGAGGAAGUGAAUGCAAUACUCAAGGCUCUUCCCCAGUGAGCAGCUCAGUCUCCUGAAGGUUCCUGCAGAAUCCAUCCCUCGUUUUCCUCAUCCUCAGUCCCUGUGAAUGUUCUUGGAAAUCGUGACCUGACCUUAACUGUGUAUCUUCUGUUGUAACCACAUAGUGAUAGGGUCCUUACAAACUGCUUUAGCUGGUAAAAGUUCAACAGUUAAAAUGUGUAUUCUGGUUUUUUGGGGUUUUAAACAAAUUUUUUUAAGUACAUCAAAGCCUCGGAUUAAGUGACAGAACAAUCCAUCUAAUUCCUCCUACAUCCUUGAAGCCCUGAAUGUCACACUUUGAAAGCACACAUUCAUGUUCUUAAUAGCAAAUAUACAAUAUUGUGGGUAAUUAGUGCAGUCAAUAUAGUCUCAGAAAACAGUGUUCUGUUAUAUUUUGUAACUUCUCAAAGACUGAAUAAGAGUGAGGGCCUGAAGAGGAUGGUGAUUGUUCCCAUACAGUGCCAAGCUGGAGCACUAAACAGUGCUGUGGGUGUGAGCAAACACAGGUCCAGGCUCUGGCAAGAAGAGCUUGCACCUUCUCAUGCCAGGCUUUGGCAAACAAAUGUUUUUUUAACUGUUGUUUACUUUUCAGCUUUGUGCCAUGACAGGAAGAAAAUCUGAACUAUGAGUAAAAGAGGCUUGCAUGGUUGUUGCAGCUGGGGAGAAAAACGUGUUGGUCACAUUAAUGGGAAGCCAGGGGAUAAUGAGCACAACUCUGACCAUGUACCUGGCACUGACAGCACAGAAAAAGAGAGCAUAGGCUCCCCUCAGGUGAUGGGAAAGGUCCUGUCAGCAGUCAGGUAAUUGUCUUGAGCUGUUAUGGAAAGAGAUUUUUGGUUUUAUGGGAUUACUGAGGAAGAAAAUGGGAUUCUCCCCUUCAUAUCUUUGCAUUUCCCUCUGUAAAGCUCCGCUGUGCCAUCCUUUUUAGCCAGGAAAGUGUAUUUCUGUAAAAGCCUGGCUGAAGAAGAAAUCUCCAAUCUGCAUUUUAUGACUCUCAUCGAGUUUGUCUGAUCCAGGCAU